UGAAUACAUCAUCGAGUGUUACUCUAUCUUGCUCUGUUUUCCAAGAAGCCUUCGAUCUGGGAAGAAAGCGAGAGACGGAAUUAUGAAUUUACCUUUCAAGGGAUUCUUCGCGUGACAUCCCUCUUGACUUCAAGACAUGACGUCAUAGGAAAAAGUGGUAAAAAAUUGUUAGCCCUUGACGAGAAAACGAAUCAACUUGGACCCCGCACAAAGAUUUCGUGCCUGUAAGAAGAAAAUGUCACACGCGGCUGUAACGUCUACUGGCGUGGAAAGGAGUAUCCAUGAAAUGUUAAAGGAUGCACCUUCCCUUAAUGAAAGCGACGGCCCGGUACAUACGGGUACGGCUUCACCUCAUAUACAAAACAAUCAUAUUGAAGAAUUUCAAGCAAGACCCACUAGUAUGAACAUACCGCUUAAUAGUCCGACACUGCAAAGUGGAUCGACAACAGCCCCGACCACUCCGAUGCAAAACGGCGAUGCGCAAAAUAUGCGAUCCGCUCAGAGUAAAAUUGAGAGUAUUAAAAGCUGGAGUAUUUCAACUUAUAAAUGUACUAGGCAACUUAUGUAUGAAAAACUUGGAAAGUCAUCACGGACAGUUGAUUCAGAACUCGAGGCACAAAUAGAAUUAUUAAGAGAUACGCAGAGAAAAUAUUGUAACGUGCUGCGAUUAUCUCGUGCUUUGACAUCUCAUUUUCACCAUGUAGUUCAGACACAGCAUGCUCUUGGUGAAGUAUUUUCUGAAUUGGCACAGAAAUCGCCCGAGUUGCAGGAGGAAUUUUUGUAUAAUUCUGAAACUCAACGAAAUUUAACUAAAAAUGGUGAAACACUGUUGGGUGCUUUAAACUUCUUCGUUUCUUCGGUAAAUACCUUGUGCAACAAGACUAUCGAAGAUACUUUGUUAACCGUUCGACAGUACGAGGUUGCCAGGAGAGAAUACGAUGCCUAUAGAACAGAUCUGGAAAUAUUAGCACAAGUUGCGAAGAGCGAUCCUAAUAGCAUGGCUCGGAUGGAAGAAGCACAAAGCAGUUACGAGCAGCAUAAGCAAAAUUUUGAGAAGCUUCGUUCCGACGUAUCGAUUAAAUUAAAAUUUUUGGAUGAAAAUCGGGUGAAAGUAAUGCACAAGCAGUUGUUGCUUUUUCACAAUGCUGUAUCCGCUUACUUUUCUGGGAAUCAGUCGGCCCUGGAGGCUACUCUUAAACAAUUCAACAUUAAGGUAAAAUCUCCAAACUCAUCCCUACCAUCUUGGCUCGAGCAGUAGAGGAGCUGCAAAUCCGUAAGGACUUUGUUUAUCGAAACAAAACUGCUAGGUGUAAGCGCAUCAUCGUAAGUAUCGUCCUGGUACUCGUGUGUAUUGAUUUCACGCUAGAGUUAAAAUUCUAUGUAUAAAAGUGAGUACCAUUUACAUCGUUGUAAAGGUAUACUAAAAUAACCCGGGAUACGUCCUUUGUCCGUUCUUAAAAGCAAGUAGAAUAGUGGUACGACUUAAAUACUACAGAUUUUUUUAAGAAUGGAAAGGGAGAUAGCGCUAUCGAAAGAUAUCAGGACAGGACUUUAACCAGUUGUAAUGAUCAACGUUCGAUAAGUUACAUCCUAUUAGAUAUAUCGGUAAUUUAAUUUUCUAUGUCAUCUUUCGUUUAAAAAAUACCACUGUAAAUAAUGAAGGAUAUCUCACGCGUAAAUGCUUUGACGAAACGGCACUUCAUACGUCGGAUCCGAGCAAACGACAUUUCGUUACCUUAUUUAUUUCAUUAUCAUAAACGACAUUCUGUUGCGCGCAUUAAUCGUAAUUGAAAUUACGAACAAAUUGUAAUGCCAUUCAUCGUAUUAACGUAACUUACGUUUUGAAUUGGGGUAAGAAUCGAUAAUUCGAAGUCGAAUAUCACGGGAACGGCGACGUCUUACCUUAGACGUCACACGAGUUCUGUCCAAAAUACUUUAAAUCGGUGUGUUCUUUGUCUCGAUCGAAGUAUCGAUACCCAAAUAAGUAGGACGUGAAAUUAAGAUUAAUCAUAUUUAUACGAAAAGAAGUAGCCCGAGUAAUUUCGUAUUACGCCUACUUUAUAAUAGGACGUAAGGGCGCUCUUUCUUAAUAGGGAAUGACUUCUUUUGCCAUUUCUCUGGAAAGCUUGCACGAAAUUAUAUAAAUCGCGUCUCGCAUUGUCCCAGAUUUGACCCUCGAGUUCUCGAAAGAGUCUGCCUUUCGUUCACGGUCGAGACGUAUCGAAAAGGUCGAACGAUCGAUGAAAGUUAUCGAUCGACCUUGCGCCACCAACGACCGCCAAGCUCGAGGGUCCCGCACCGUUAUCGUGUCGCUUAUUGUUACGAUACUUUAUCCCUCGUAGAUAAAAAAAAAAUGAAACUUUAAUUCGAUAAGGAAUAAGAAUGGAUGUAUAGCGUUAUACCGCGCGGUAUAAUUAUAAUCUCGCGCGCGAGUCACGUACUUAAGUUAAAGCGGAGGACAAAGAGGAGGUAGCGAGCCCGGCCGUCUAGGUUUCGGGGUCGAGCGGUAAUAUUUUCUCGCACAUUCCGAAUGGUCGCGGGUUCCCUCUCGAGGCGUCCGAUCGCGUCGACUCUUGCUACCGUUAAAUAGUCCGCCGGAGGUUUUUUAACCCCUUAACUUACAAUAUCGUGUGAGAGACGUGGUAUAUCAAUCGGGGCAAACGUAAACAAAACGUAUGAGAGACGUGUGAGACUUCGAACGUUCAGCCAAGCCGUGAAAUGGCCCGAUGUAUGACCGACAUUUUUGUUGUUCACGGCACGCGCUUUGGGAAUUAAAAUCGUAAGGCAAGGGGUUAAGGAAAGGCCUUAGAAAACGGGUGAAAAAAAAAGGGGGGAAUCGGAGUUUGCGCGGUCCGGUGGAGUCGCUCGACGCGACGUUCCCGUGGCUACGUCCAGGGCGAUAUUUCCCCGGAAACGGUAUCGACGGCCCGGUCCCACGAAAACGCGCGCGGCAAGGCUUGUAACGCGAUAUCACGCGAUUAUAUUAUAGACAUCGACGUAUCGACAUUCCCCAGGAGGUAAAUAAACGCUUAUGCAAUA